AUGGAGAAGCGAGGGAGCGGGCGGCGCUCGGGGCGGCGCAGGAAGUCGCAGAAAAGCACCGACGCUCCGUCGGGAGCCGCGGACGGCACGGCCCGGGACGACGACGCGGUGUUCGAAGACGAGGCGGGCCCCGAGAACGGGUCGGCGGAAAAGAAAGGGAAACCUCCGCGGGUGGCCACCACCGACGGGGGCGUCGUGCCCACUGCCAGCCCCGAACCUUGCAAGCCGGGCGCGGGCGCGGCCAAAGCGCAGCAGCGCGGGGCCGGGGAGGCGGCGGAGCGGAGCCGAGCCACGCCGCAGCCGCCCGCCGCGUCCCCCACCAAGCGGAGGGGCAGGAGCCGCGUGCCCGAGGCGGUGCCCCCUUCUCCGGUCGGCGGCCCGCGGGCAGCCGCCAAGGAGUCCACCGCGCCCAAGAAGACUCCCGCCCCCGAGCCCAGCCCGGCGGCGGCGGCGGCCAAGGGCGCCGCGGGGGACAGCGGGGACGAGGCCACCCGGGUGGUCCCGCGCGAGCUCAUGGUCAAGAGCAGCUCGCAGCUGCCCGACUUCAGGUCGGAGCACAAGCGGAGCCCGCUGCCCAAUCACUUCGACGGGCGCGGGGAAGGAGGUCGAGGCAAAGAAGCGGGCCGGGCGGCCGCAGCAUCCGAAGGCUCCGACUCCUCUUUGAAACCCAGGAACCAUUUCGGCGCGGGCAGGUCGACGGUGACCACCAAAGUGACCCUUCCUGCCAAGCCGAAAAAUGUGGAACUCAAUCUGAAAACCCCAAAGAAUCUCGACAGUCUGAGCACUGAGCACAAUCCAUUUAGCCAGCCAGUCAAUAAAGGAAACACUGCUACCAAAAUCUCCUUAUUUGAAAACAAACGUGUCAACGGGAGCCCCAGGCACACAGAGACCCGGGCUCCUCGCAACCUUCCCCCCUCCAGUAAAACAUUUGUGGGGAGGGCCAAACUAAAUUUCGCCAAAAAAGCCAAGGAGAUGGAGCAACCUGAAAAGAAAGUCACACCAACCAACCACCAGAAUGGGGUACCGGGGAAGGAAGCCACCACGGAAAUGAAAGCCACGCUCUCCAAAGAAGCGUCUGUGGCCGUGACCAGGGACCAGGCUGUGGGUGCCCCACCCAAGGCAGAGGCGCCCUCCAACACCAGCUGCCCUCCCGACCCGGGGGCGAUUGCUCAGGUGCGGGUGCAGGACCAGCUGUUUGCAGGAGAGGUCGCCACAGAAGCUGCUGACUGCAAGGCACUUGUUGAAAACCUAACUGGGAUGGCCCACGACAGUGCUUUGGGGCAUGAUGCCCAUGUCCCAGCACCAGCAGCCACACUGAAGCCACAGGAUUCAGGCUCUGACUCAGCGCCCUUGGCUGAGUCAUCUCUGGGGCCUUCUCUGCCUGGGCUUGCACCCCAUCAGGUGGAUGGCCCCCAAGGUGCUGGUGCUCCAGUGUCCAGAAGCAGUGUUCCAGGCUCCACUCUGAAAGUAUCAGGAAACGGCUCUCUUUCGCCUGAGCCUCCUCAGUGUCCCGGAGAGGAAAACCCCAGCAGACUCUCCGGAGGAAGAGAAGCCAGCCCAUCCAGGGUGCUGGUCCAGGUCCGGUCGUUCGUUCUGCCCGUGGAGAGCCCCCAGGAGGUGAGCACCCACAUCAUCACUGACAGUUCUGAAGUUAGGGAAGGGCAGCUGCCCAGUUGUCACAAUGAACUGGAGGUGGUUUCCGUUGCCAGUUGUGCGCCCCAGAAAGAGGAAGUGGGUAAUCAGAGCUCCCCACCGGAAGGCAUCUCCUGCGGAGAGCAGCAUGGGGCAAGAGCUGACCCACAAAUCAUGCAACUGAAGGCAUCAGAGAAAUCUCUGCCUCUCCAGGCUCAAAGUCAGGGUGACACAAAGCCCCCGCUGGCCAAAUCCACCUGCAACAGCGAUCACUUGCAAAGUCCCCCAAGGCCAGCUCAAAGCGCCGUGAAUGGUCAGGACAGCCCCGCCAGCGUUUUGAACGUUUCUGCUGGGAGUGAUGACAGUGUGUUGGAUUCUUCUUCAGACAUGGAGAAAUUCACAGAAAUUAUCAAAAAGAUGGAUAGCGCAGUCUGUGUGCCCCAGAAGAAAAAGAAGGGCAGGAUGCCCAACUCUCCCAUCCCCCCCUUUGCCAUGCCCCCUAUUCAUGAGGACAACUUAGAAAAGGUGUUUGACCCCAACGUGUUUACCUUUGGCCUGGGGAAGAAAAAGGAAAGCCAGCCAGAAAUGUCUCCUGCUUUCCAUUUGAUGCAGAACCUGGACACAAAAUCCAAGCUGAGGCCCAAACGUACGUCUGCCGAACAGAGCGUCCUCUUCAAGUCCUUGCACACUUAUGCCAAUGGGAAGGACGAGUCCCCGACCCCUUCAGAAAUCAGUGACAAAGAGAACAGGGAUGUCCCCAACGGUGGUGUGAAGCGAUCCAGGCUGGAAAAGAGUGCCCUGUUCUCCAGCUUGUUAUCGUCUUUACCGCAAGACAGAGUCUUUGCUCCCUCUGUGACUUCAGUCAGUACAAUGACCACAUCUUUCAGCACUUCUCAGAACACUUCUCCUUCUCGGUCUUCUGUGUCACAGCCUGUGGCGGAGGGGGCCCCGCCCUGCAGUUCAGAAAAACAGCCGAAUCUUCCGCCCGGCAGCAGCUCCUUGAAGGUCUUCAACUUCGACUCGUCCAAUGCUUCUCAUUCAGGCCUGAAAAGCCCAAGCUACAUGGAGAAAUACCUGCAGAGAGAUGAAGCCAGGAAAGAGCUUGAUGCACGAAGCAACCUACACCUGCCAGAGACGAAGUUUUCUGAGUUUCUGAAACUGAAGAACAGUGAUGAUACAGAUAAAGUGAACCAUGCAGAAGGAGUUCUGAAGUCUAACUAUGCAAACAGUGACACAGACUUCGCAGGCCGUUUCAAAUCCAGCCGGUUUGACCCAAGCCUUUCUUUUUCUGGGAUGUCACUAUCAGAAUCAGCGACACUUCGAGGAAAUGUCCAAAGUAAAAUCAACCCCCGGCCCGGAAAGGUCGUGAUAUUUCGAGAACCUGAAGUCUCCGAGGAGUGUAUUGAAGUUUUUGGUGACAUUCAGGAUUGCAGCUCUUGGAGCCUUUCUCCUGUGAUCCUCGUAAAAGUUGUGAGAGGAUGUUGGAUUUUGUAUGAGAAACCAAAUUUUGAAGGAAACUCCAUCCCUUUAGAAGAAGGUGAAUUGGAACUUUCUGGUCUCUGGGGUAUAGAAGAUGUUUUGGAAAAAAGUGAGGAGACAGAGUCUGCAAAGCCUGUGGUGAUUGGUUCAAUCAGACACGUGGUCCAGGAUUACAGAAUUAGUCAAAUUGAUUUAUUUACUGAACCAGAAGGGCUGGGAAUCCAAAAUUCCUACUUCGAUGAUGCUGAAGAAAUGCAGGGAUUUGGUGUAAUGCAGAAGACUUGUUCCAUUAAAGUGCAUUGGGGCACGUGGCUGAUUUAUGAAGGACCUGGAUACCAGGGUGUCCCUUUUAUUCUGGAACCUGGCGAAUAUCCUGACUUAUCCUUCUGGGACACAGAAGAAGCAUACAUUGGAUCCAUGCGGCCUCUGAAAAUGGGCGGACGUAAAGUUGAAUACCCUACAGAUCCAAAGGUCAUUAUUUAUGAAAAGCCUUUCUUUGAAGGAAAAUGUGUGGAACUAGAAACAGAAAUGUGCAGUUUUGUGGAAGGAGGAGAGGCAGAAGGAAAGAGCGGAGAUGGACCUUUGCCCUUCACAGCAGUGGGCUCCAUGAAAGUUUUGCGAGGCAUUUGGGUUGCUUAUGAGAAGCCUGGAUUUACAGGUCAUCAGUAUUUGCUCGAAGAAGGAGAAUACAAGGAUUGGAAAGACUGGGGAGGUUACAAUGAAGAACUGCAGUCCUUACGGCCUAUAUUAGGUGAUUUUUCGAAUGCCCACAUGAUAAUGUACAGUGAAAAAAACUUUGGAUCUAAAGGUUCCAGUAUCGAUGUGUUAGGAAUCGUUGCUAAUCUGAAGGAGACCGGAUAUGGCGUGAAGACUCAGUCUAUUAAUGUCCUGAGUGGAGUAUGGGUGGCUUAUGAGAAUCCUGAUUUCACGGGAGAACAGUAUGUACUGGAUAAAGGCUUUUAUACCAGUUUUGAAGACUGGGGAGGCAAAAAUUGCAAGAUUUCUUCUGUUCAACCCAUUUGUUUGGAUUCCUUCUCUGGCCCAAGGAAGCGAAAUCAGAUUCAUUUGUUUUCAGAACCACAGUUCCAAGGUUCCAGUCAAAGUUUUGAAGAAACGACCUGUCAAAUUGGUGAUUCAUUUUCUGCCAAGUCUUGCAGAGUUUUAGGAGGAAGCUGGGUUGCAUAUGAUGGAGAGAAUUUCACUGGGAAUCAGUAUGUGCUGGAAGAAGGUCACUACCCUUCUCUGUCUGCCAUGGGGUGCCUGUCGGGAGCAACGUUCAAGUCUCUUCGAUUUAUAGACGCUGAAUUUUCUGAACCAACAAUUAUUCUUUUUGAAAGAGAAGGCUUCAAAGGGAAAAAGAUUGAGCUUAAUGCAGAGACAGUGAAUCUUCAGUCCCUGGGAUUCAACACACAGAUACGCUCGGUUCAGGUGAUUGGAGGCAUAUGGGUCACUUAUGAAUACGGCAAUUACCGAGGUCGGCAGAUCCUGCUGUCCCCAGCAGAAGUUCCUAACUGGUACGAAUUCAGUGGAUGUCGCCAAAUAGGGUCUCUACGACCUUUUAUUCAGAAACGAAUUUAUUUUCGACUGCGAAACAAAGCCACGGGGCUGUUCAUGUCCACCAAUGGAAACUUAGAGGACCUGAAGCUUCUCCGGAUACAGGUCAUGGAGGAUGUCGGUGCUGAUGAUCAGAUAUGGAUUUAUCAGGAAGGAUGCAUCAAGUGCAGGAUAGCAGAAGACUGCUGCCUGACGAUCGUGGGGAGCCUCGUCACCUCAGGCUCGAAGCUGGGCCUGGCCCUCGACCAGAACGCCGAGAGUCAGUUUUGGAGUAUGAAGUCAGAUGGCAGAAUCUAUAGCAAGAUGAAGCCCAAUCUAGUUUUAGAUAUCAAAGGGGGAACACAGUACGAUCAGAGUCACAUCAUCCUCAACACAGUCAACCAUGAGAAGGUCACUCAAAUGUGGGAAGCCAUCGUUCUAUAGGCCGGAAGGAGGACGCAGGAGGAGUACUUCUGGCGGUGCUUCUGGACAGCUUAAAGUACAAAAGGACAGCGAGAAGGAGAGCCCGGGGAAUGUGAUCUCCUGCCUCCGUGGCUCUGGUUUCACUCAGCGACCACAGUGCUGCCACCCGGACCGGCACUGUGUCCUGCCAAAGACUCUCACCACUGCCCAUCGUUUGUUUGUCCUUCUUUCACUACUUGCCUUUCAUUUCCUUUCAGUAGCUGCUUAAGGAGGAUGCCUAAUUAGGACUUUGGAUGUUGUAAAAAUAACAUUCUACCAAGGCUUUAUAAGAUUAUGUACAUUUAGAAAAUUAUGUUUAAAGGGAGUGAGAGGAGAGAAAGAGGAAGAAAUCUACCAGCUUUAUGGACCAACAGAUCCCGCUAGCUGGUAAACUAGAGAAGACUGUUCAGCAUUGAGAAGAAAUAACUGACUGGGUCUAAUUUUGAUCCUUGGCUGGCCUUAAGUUUUCUGGAACUGCACUGUGUAGGUAGGUAGGGAAAGCCUUAUACUGAGACAUAUUUUAAGGAACAAAUGAAAUGUCACUUUCUUUCCGUUAAUAUUACAAUAUUAGCAAGUCUGAAAGAUUUCAUGCUCAUGUCUGCUAACCUCUGUCAGAAGGAUCUGGAUUCUUUUCACUCCCCUGUGGGCUGCCCUGAGAUGUUAUGCAUGUUCAACCCUUUUCUUGUGGAGAUUCUGGAUCAGUAUUAACCGGACCUCACUGGUUAGUCCAGCCUGGCUCACCUCAGCUCUGGAGCAGUGGGUACGCCGUCCUUCGUCCUUGACAGACUCAGGUCUUUCAGCCCAAUUUCCUCCUGUCCUGUCCCGCUCCCUCAGUACAAGGCCUGCAGGAGCUGCCUUGUAUGGGAUGGUCAGUCCCUGCCUGCUGGCAGGACGACUUCAGGCCUCGGGGCAGAGCACCCUGUGCUCACUCCAGAGCAACACCAGCAGUGAUCUCCAAGAAAUGAAGAAAGGAAGCUGUAGGGGAUGCCUGUUGGUCAGCUGGAAAGUGUGGAACAAGCGUUACAUGGAACACGGAUUCUGUUUGGCUGCUGAUAGCACACCGGUACUGUCUACCUGUAUUCAAGCGAGCAGUUUGGAUUUUGUGUACACUCUUUCCCUUUUUGUCUUCAUUUUGUUGUCCUAGCCACUGAAUACUGAAUGCUCUUUCACAGGAAGAACAAAUCACGUUUCCCUAUCAUCUGUCCCAAAAUGUGUUGCUGAUUCUACACGUUGUCUCUGCAUUCUGGUCAGCAGUUAUGGUCACUGGAGUUGUUUCUUUCCUUUUGAAGUAACAUUUGCACAUGUACAACACAGCCCACAGGCCUGCCUUUUCCUUAGAUGUAUAGCUCUGAUCGUAGGCCUCUGUGUGUAUUAUCACAGUGGGAAGACAUUUUACAAUAGUCUGUGUUAAAUUUUUCUCUUUAAUAAACUUGUUUCUGGUUUAACCGUG